AUGUGGCGGCAGGUGGGGUUCCCGGCACGCAACCCGGAGAAGCUGGUGAGGGCACUGUCGCACACGCACCGGACGCUGUGGAUCCGGUCGACGCGCAAGUCGCGGAUGGCGCGCGCGGGGCAGCUGCUCGGAUUCUGCCGCGCCACCAGCGACGGCGCCCUGUCCGCCACCAUCUGGGACGUCGCGGUGCACCCAGCGUGGCAGAGGUCUGGGCUGGGGAGAGGGGUGCUGGAGAGGCUGACUGCCAGGCUUGUGGCAGAGGGGAUCCCUAAUAUUACACUCUUUGCAGAGCCCAAUGUUGUGGGCCUCUAUGAGAAGCUGGGAUUCAUCAGGGACCCAGUUGGGGUCAAGGGGCUGGCCUUCCAGGGGAAGCUGCCUGCUGUCAAGCCCCUUAUGCUCUUGUGA